AUGGCCGACUCUCCAGCACAUAAGGUGACCUUGUCGGCCAUCUGGGGAAGGCCUCGGGACAAAGCAAUAAAAGAACCAGUGGAAGAUCAUGUGGCGAAGAGUGGCCAAGAUGACAAGGAGAACCGCAUCAUGGGCGGGCAAGUCAACUCUGCAAAACAAUCGGCAAACGUAUCGGCAAACGUACCGGCAAACGUGCCGGCAAAACAGCACGCAGAUGAAAACAAGACCGAAUGUGAGGGGACCGGAUGUGAGGGGACCGGAUAUGAGGGGACCGGAUAUGAGGGGACCGAAUAUGAGGGGACCGAAUAUGAGGGGACCGAAGGAGAUGCCGGUAUCGAAGGAGGUCAGGAGACCGAAGGAGGUGACGGAACCGAUGGGCACAGGACGGACGGUCACGACCGGAAGGGCCAUGACCGGAAAGGUCACGACCGUAGGACCCGAGGCUACGAGGAGGAGGAGGAGUCGCAAUUGACAUUGCGUCGGUUCAUGGUACCGAAGGCGGUGGUGGAGGGAUCGCGGCGUGUGUUGCAACGGAAACGGUCGAUUCUACCACACGAUUUAUCCGAGCGUUGGAGCACGUCUCGGUCGGCUCCUAGUCUGGCCAAGAGCGAGUCGGAGUCGGAGUUCGUGACCCCGGUGCCCAUGAAACGUCGUGCAACCAUCGGGUUGGGCGAAUGGUCUACUCCCGUUGUCACUCCGGAGCCCUCAACCCUAGGACGCAAACGCGCAUUCAGGGAUCUGAGUACUUUUCAAGAUCUUAGCACCCUCCAGGACCAUGUCAAACGCUGGCGCCUUGCUUCCCGAAAAUAG